AUGACCGUUGCACAAAUUCAUUCUGAUUGCAGUUCGUCUAUGCUGCCGCGUCAUAUCAAGGAUGACGUUGAGCCGAUUCAUCUACUAGGGUUCAAUAUAGCUAGAAAACCAAAAUGGCUUCAAUUUGUGCUUCUUUCAGGAGCCAUAUUCAUUUUGUAUUUAGGAUACGGGUAUAUGCAAGAAUUAAUAUUCAAACUUCCGGGAAUGAAACCAUUCGGAUGGACACUAACACUUAUUCAAUUCGUGAUUUAUAGUGGAUGUGGUUAUGCAGAAUGUGCCGUAUGGCAUAAUACAAAGAGAAUGAUUCCAUGGAGAAUCUACGGAGUCAUCGCAUUCUUCACAGUUGCCACAAUGGGCCUUUCCAACGCUUCAGUCGGAUAUCUCAAUUAUCCAACUCAAGUAAUUUUCAAAUGCUGCAAACUGAUUCCAGUUCUAAUUGGCGGUAUUUUGAUUCAAGGAAAACGCUACGGUUGGAUCGAUAUCAGUGCAGCAAUUCUUAUGAGUUUAGGAAUCAUCAUGUUCACUUUGGCUGAUAACAAAGUGUCCCCAAACUUCGAUUCUCGAGGCUAUAUCAUGAUCAGUGGAGCUUUAUUAGCAGACGCUGUGAUCGGAAAUAUUCAAGAGAAGAAUAUGAAGAAAUAUGGAGGAUCUAGUAAUGAAGUGGUACUGUACUCCUAUGGAAUCGGCUCUGUGUUCAUUUUCACCUACGUCGUUCUUUCCGGAGAAAUCUUCAGCGCUAUCCCAUUCUUCCUCGAAAACUCGUGGAAAACAUUUGGAUACGCUCUGAUCUUCUCAUUUUUGGGAUACCUCGGAGUCAACGUGGUGUUGACCCAUAUUAAAGUUUUUGGAGCUCUAGUGGCGGUUACUGUGACAACUCUUCGCAAAGCGCUCACUAUCAUUUUAUCAUUUUUGCUCUUCUCAAAACCCUUCACGAUUGAAUAUGUCUAUGCUGGAUCCGUUGUGAUGCUGGCGAUUUAUUUGAACUUGUACAGUAAGAACAAAGCGUCAUGGGACCAUAUGAUAAGGAUAUUCGUGGCACGAGCAAUGGGAUAUCAUGCAGUGGCAACGAAAAAGGACCCAAUGAUGGUGUAA